AUGUCUGUUGUCCCGCCCGCCAUUACUCAAGAACUCACCCAGAUCCUCUCCAAUCUCCUUCUGGGCGACAAUGAUAUUCGCUCCAGUGCGGAGACAGCGGUGAACGAGCGGUUGGCCCACACCCCCGAGCUCUAUCUGCUUGCCCUGGCCCAGUUCGCGAUUUCUGCAGACACUGAGGUGAUGCGCUCAUUCUCACUCGUCUUGUUGAGACGACUGCUGUUCAGGCCAGCACCCGUCGCCCCACCAUCAUCGGGCGCCAGUCAGGAGGCGGGGGAGUCCGCAGAGCGGCAACAGGCUGCCUACCAGGCCCGACUCACACUCUAUGACCAACUAUCAGCGAAUACCCUCACCACUCUCGAGCGACUCAUGCUCCAUACCCUCCAAUCCGAACUCACACAGUCAGUCAGGCAUAAGGCCGUCGACGCUGUGUGCGAUCUCGCAAACGAGGGAAUGCGACGGGGCCGCCCAUGGCAUGCGCUACAGGCGCUUGUUUUCAGUAUGGCCCAAGGAGAAGCUGGUGGGGCUGUACCACUGGAGGCGUUGCGAGAAAGCGCGUAUCGGACAUUCUCAGGCUGUCCCAACCUGGUUAUGGAUCUGCAAACGGACGCAGUUUUGGGUGUGUUCCAGCGGGGACUGCAAGAGGGCGAUUCGAUUGAGGUCAAACAAGCGGCCCUCUCGGCAUCUGUGGCAUAUCUUACAGCUGCUGAACCGGGUCAACUAAGCCAGUCCCUCGCUUUACUGCAUCCGAUGCUCGAGACAUUACAUUCGCUCGUUCAGAUGCUCCCCGCGCCAGGCCAACUUGCAACAGCUCACCCUAUCCGUGCUUCAGCUACCAGAACAACAGAAAUUGAUAUCGGACCCUCACCCUACGUAAAUCUCACCACCUUUCUGACCACCCUGACCCCCUUGUGCUCGUCGCAUCCCGGACUCUUUCAGCCACAUCUUGCCGCUUUGCUGACAUUUUUCCCCGCCUUAAUUCUCCCGAGCCCCGACCCUGGUGAAACGCCAACAGUCUCUCGUAUGGGAGAGACAAACGGCGCAUCCACAGACCGACAUUCCAAUGGCGGUGGUGGUGCCUUCGCUUUUCCACCACCAGCAUCACCGUCGUCGCCUGGUGCCGCUCCACAGCAACCACAAAACACAUCACCUGAUGCGGAAAGCGAACGGGCCGCGCGAGAUCUUGAUGCAGACGAGCGCCAAACGAUGCGGCUUGCAGCCCUGGAGUUUAUGGUGUCGCUUUCCGAGGCAAAGGCCAGCAUGGUCCGGCGUAUAGAUGGCUGGGUGCCCAUUAUCGUGCGAGCUUGUCUCGAGGGAAUGGGUGAAUUUGAAGAAGAUCAGGAUGGCGAGGGUUUGAGGGCAUGGUUGGACGAGGAUCCUUCGUCAGCCUCGACAUCCGAUAGCGACAGUGCUCCUGCGAUGUAUGAACAGAGUUUGGACAGACUGGCAUGUGCGGUUGGCGGACGGGCGGUGCUCCCCCCAGCGUUCCAGCACAUCCCCGCGAUGAUGGCGCAUUAUGACUGGCGCGUGAGGCAUGCGGGUCUCAUGGCGGUCGCGGCCAUUGCUGAAGGCACAGCGAAAGUGAUGGAGAACGAGCUGGGCAAGGUUAUUGAGCUUGUGACCCCUAUGUUUCGCGAUCUACAUCCCAGGGUGCGAUAUGCGGCCAGUCAAUGCGUGGGUCAAUUAUGCACAGAUCUCGAGGAAGUUAUCCAAGAACGCUAUCAUCAACAACUAUUUUCUGUCCUGAUACCAACCUUAGAGGAUCCAGAACCACGAGUACAUUCUCAUGCAGCAGCCGCACUUAUCAACUUUUGUGAAGGCGUGGCGAAGGACGUUUUAUUGCCUUACCUCGAUCCUAUCGUCGAACGCUUGUUGCGACUGCUCGACCCAACAAAUGACCCAGCCAACGUUAAACGUUAUGUGCAAGAACAGGCCAUCACAACCCUAGCAAUGGUCGCGGAUGCGAGCGAGACGACGUUCGGAAAGUACUACUCCUCCAUCAUGCCGCUCCUCAUGAACGUUUUGAGUAAUGCGGAGGGGACCGAAUACCGAAAACUACGAGCAAAAGCAAUGGAAUGCGCUGGCCUCAUUGCCAUUGCCGUUGGGCCAGAACUGUUCCUUCCUGAUGCACAUACGCUAGUUGAUUUGCUUAUCCGGAUACAAAAAAGCCCCUCGGAUCCAGGCGACACACAAAUAGGGUACUAUUUGAUCGCAACCUGGGCAAAGGUGUGCCAGGCAAUGGGUACUGAAUUCGAGCCAUAUCUUCCAGUCGUCAUGCCGAGUCUCUUGUCAACGGCCAGCGCCAAGACGGAUAUAUCUGUUUAUGACGACGAGGAAGACAACGAGGAGCGCGAUGGCUGGGAGACAGUCAACAUGGACGGCCAGACAUUGGGCAUCAGGACAUCUGCACUCGAGGAAAAAUGCCAGGCAUUCGAGACACUAGUCAUUUAUUGCUCGACCUUGGGACCGCGGUUUGCACCGUAUCUAUCCCAGACAUUCGAGGUCACGCUACCCUCGCUGCGGUUUUACUUCCAUGACGGGGUCCGUGAGGCUGCUGCAAUGCUGAUUCCGAUGCUACUAGCGAGCGGAAAAAAUAGCAGCACACUAACGAACCAGAUGGUCGCGGCGACGUUCAUUCAGCUUAUCGGCGGAAUUACAACGGAGCAUGACUCGUCUUUUCUAAGCUCGCUGUACAAAUGCUUCAAUGACGCGGUCCGGGUUAUCGGUGGCCCCGCUGCGCUGCCCGUGGAAUACCAAAACGGCGUGAUCGACGCGACAAAACGACAGCUCCAGUCGCUUGCUGACAAGCGGCGAGCGAGAAAAGCGCGGAGUGCGAACCAGGCGGAGGAGGACCGGGAGGAGCUGGCGCUAUACGAAGAGAUUGAGGACUUUGCACUGGAGGACAUGGCGAAGAUGCUGUCUGCGUUUGACGCGAACCACCCGCUGUUGGUGGCGGUGUCGAGUGUGAAGGAUCUUGGGUUCAGCCAGUACGAGAGCGACUCGGAGGCGGACGAGGAGGGGUAG